CACACACAGACACCUCUGCUAUAACACCAGUGCCCAAUUCCAGUAAGAUAGGACAUUUUCAAAGGGCCAAAGACGAGUUUAAAGAUGGACUAUGAAUCCACCAUCCUGCUGCUGGUCCUGCUUGUGUAUACCUCAGUUGCAGUAUCGGGUAUCCAGAAAGUGACGGUGACAUGCAGUAAAAAGGAAAUCUGUGCUCUGAGGGAGACAUCAGUAAACCUGACAUGCUCGUACUCAAAUAUCAACAUCAUCACUGGCUUCUGGUUCAAUCUAAAAGACAAAGCUAAAUGGUGGAAGGAAGAACAUCCAGAAGAUUUAACUUUAGACUCGGACUAUGCAGGACGUGUGAGAUACACAGAGAUGACAAAUUCCAGCUCGACUCUUACAAUAACAGACCUGAGAGAGAGCGACUCAGGGGAAUAUCACCUCAUGUUUAUUACGGAUAAAGGAGAGAAAUAUCAGAGCUCAGCUGGAGUUACUCUAACAGUUACAGAUCUGCAGGUGACUCGUAACUUCACAGAACAAACUCUUACCUGCCGCACUUCCUGUCCUCUGACCCCACCUGUUCAAAGCUACCACUGGUUCAGGAAUGGACAAUACACAAACACAAGUCAACUUUAUAGAAAUCCAGCAGACGGCAGUUACUCCUGCUCUGUUCAUGACUCUAAUAUUUCCACUCCACUGUGCGUUGGCAGGGACUGCUGGAAUGUGACCUACACAGAUAAAAGAGUGUGUGCUUUAAAAGGGUCUUCAGUGGAAUUUGCUGGAAAUUACUCACAUCCCAGUGGUCUGCAUGUUAGUCAAGUAUUCUGGCAUUAUUUUCAGCCCCCAAAAAAAUUCCAGGACUUGAAACAGGAAACCCAGUUUGUUAAACGAGUUGAAUAUGUGCAACAUCCUAGUAACUGCACUUUAAAAAUGAACCAGGUGACAAUGAAAGACUCUGGAGAAUAUCAGCUUAGAUUCAUUGCUAAUGGUAAUGGUUUCUCUGGUAGACCUGGAGUGAUUCUGAAUGUUACAGAUCUGCAGGUAAGAGUGAGUCAGUCUGCAGGGGAUUCAGAAGGACAGACUACAGUAACGCUGAGCUGCAUCACCUCCUGCACCCUGUCCAACAAUCCCACUUACAUGUGGUACAAGAACAGACAGCCUGUUACAAACAAACCCACCAAAAACAACAAGCUCUACCUGAGCUCCAGUGAAGAUGCAGGAAACUACUCCUGUGCUGUGAGAGGACUUGAGGAACUCCGCUCUCCUGAUCAGAUGGUGACAAUUUCAGAGGGUGGGAACACCACGGCCAUCCUAGUAGGAGUCACAGUCUUCCUGGUUCUUAUAAUCAUCGCAGGAGCUCUGUGGAAGUGGUGCAAAUGUGCAAAAAGCAAUGCCAAGGAUACUGGUCCCCAGAAUGAACAGGUUGACAUUCAUUACUCCAGCAUUCGAUUUCCUCAGUCUAGCAGAGGCAAGAUCUCUAGGGACACGGUGGAACUCGAGUGCGUCCAAUACGCCGAGGUGAAGUUCAAACAACCCACCACUGCCACCUAGUAAAAACAAUUACAGUCCUUGAUUGCCAUCUAGGUUCAAUGGAUGGACUUCGUUUUAUAACAUUUUCUUUUCUUCUAAAGACUGUCCAGGAUGUUGGGUUUGUUUGGUUAUUGUUAGUUAAAGCCAUGCCAGCAGCAGUGGCUAUUUCAAUAGCAAGAUCAAGGUGGGCAUGUUGAGCUGUUAUAGCAUUUUACAGAUUUUGAUUACGGCAAAGUACAACGGAUAUAUGGAGUCUUUCAGUUUAGUGUUCCGUAAAUAUUCCAGUAUUUUCUUUGGUGACCGUAUGUUGGAUAUUGAGUUCGUAAUACUGUAUAUGCUCAGAUGAUAUCAUGUCCUGUUUAAGAGUUGAAUAAAAUUCAGUUUCUGAUACAGCAGGAGGCCACAGACACAUGCUAACUGCAAAAAUCAUUGUGCAAAUUCUAAUCCUUACAGAUCAACAGCACACAUGUCAAGGAAAUCGCAGAAUGUGUCCAGUCUCUGCAAUUUGAGAUUAAAACAAAAAAACAAAGAUUUCCAAAAAA